AUUAAAGUAUUAAAGAUAUCGUGGGAUGAUAGUUUAUAGUUUAACAAUUUUCUUGACGUUUUCAAGUAUCUUACAUAAUCGAAAUAAUUUUUUGUAUCAGGUUGACAUAAACAACGUCGCUGAGAAUAAUUUUUUAAGAAGAAUUCUGUGGACAGACGAGUGCACUUUAUGCAGUGAUGGACAAAUUAACAGACGUAAUGAACAUCAUUAUGCGGAAGAAAAUCCUCAUUGCCGAAAGGAAACGCACAUCCAAGGACAAUUCCACAUUAAUGUGUGGAUGGGAAAUUUGGAUGAUCGAGUGAUCGGGCCGCAUUUCUUUCCGGAAAAUGUGACAAUUACGGAACAAGUUUAUUCCGAUUUCCUGGAGGAAAUAUUGCCCGUUUUGUUAGGUGACGUUGCUGCUAUGCCGAAUAUAAUUUCUCAACAAGAUGGGCAUCCCGCAUACACGUCUCUUCUCGCUCGUACGGUUUUAAACCGUGAAUAUCAACUGAGAUGGAUAGGCAUUCACAGCCCAUGUCAGGAAUGGCCUCCGCGCUCUCCUGAUCUUACGCCAAUGGAUUUUUUUUUAUGGGGCUACAUGCGUGACAUCAUUUAUCAAACAUUGCCAUGCGAUAGAAAUGACUUAAUUGCAAAAAUACGAGAAGCGAGUCAGAGAAUUACACCUGAAAUGUUGAGAAACGUUCGAGGAAGCAUCAUGAGGAGAAUCGCGUUAUGUGCGGAAGAAAACGGGGGAUAUUUCGAACACCUACUGUAAAAACAAUUAUUAGAAAUUUAUGUUCAUCAAUAAAGUUUAUAAAUGUUAUAAAAUUAUUAAUCAAGUUAUUGACUAUCCCUAAUAUUAAGAAUCGCAAACACGUCUACCUAAUAUUAUUAUAAUAUUAUUAUAAAGUUAUCGAUUACCACAUUUAAUAUUUAUGUUACUGACUAUUGAUUUAUCUCAUACCUGCGCUUUCGACAAAUUUACAUCAAAAUAGGAGACAUUCACAUAUAUUACUAAACCUUGUUUAUCACAUUUAUUAUUUCAUAAAAUUUAUUUUCAUACCUUGUCACUGUGGCUUCCAUUUUAACCGAUUAAUGUUGAAGUCUAUUGAAAUAAAUGUUUCGUAAUUUUAGUACUACACACUAUUUAAAUAACUACGCAUAAAAGUAUUAAGAUAUAAUUACGAAAAACUGAAUAAUUUAUGAGAUAUCUUAUACUUUAUGUCGAAAUGUGCCAGAAUAAAGUGUAAAAUAUCUAGUAAACUAUUUAUUUUUCGACAGUUUCAGCUUACAAUACUUAUACAAAAUAAGAAAUAUAUAUUAUGUGUAAAUAUAACAUAAUUCUCUUGAAAAAUGCCGAUAACCUCUAUAUAAUGUUAAAAACUUUAGUUUUGUCAAAAAUUAAUUUUACCAUUAUUUAUCCCUCUCCAAACCAUACAACUUUUAUCUAAAACAUUUUUCUUGAUAAUACUUUAUUUUCGAAAUAUUUGACCGUUCCGGAAUUUUGCCACGCGCUAUAUGAAGAAUUGUAUAAUGUUUAUAUUGAUUUAUUACAUUGAAUAUCAAUUUAAUAAUAAAUUAUUAAUAUAUCAAAAUAAAUAUUGUAGAGGGAAGAUUUGUUAGUGAUCAUUUCCGAAAAAGAGUGAUGGGAGUGAUAUUGCCGACAUGCCCUGCAAGCGUACGCAGUUGUGAACCACCAUGCGCGCCUGUACGAGUAGGCAACCAGUUAGACCGA